UUGUGUGAUAAUUUGUUUUGACUUUGUGUUGUCCAAGUAUUUAGAUAAUUUGGUUAAUAAAAUCAAUUUUUCUAUUUUAAUUCAAAGUGUAAUUUCUGUUAAUGCUGUACAAUAUAUGGUUAAUUAACUUCUAGAUUAAAUUGAAUCUUCACGAAGGAAUAACACGUGUGAAUAGUUGAAUAUUCAUGUUUAUCGUAAUAAAACAUCAGUGUACCUUCCUAUACUGUUAAAUUGAAGAUAACUAAUACUUCAGAUAUAUUUACUGUUGUGUUAUCAGAAUCGUUCUAAAUUAAAUGUCUCAACUGUUCAGGUCUGAAAUCCUAGAAAACUUAAAGAAAAAGGAUCAGGAGAAAGAACCACAAAUCUCUAAUUACCAACAACAGCUUGUUAAACCAGUUGACAAGCCCCUACAUUCUGGUGAAGUAUCAAAUGCCAAUGUUCCGGUAACACAGCAUGUCCCUGCUCAGCAAUUGUUGUCCCCAACUCACACCUUGGGCCAGUCUGUGCAAGCAAAAGAAGACCCUAAAGACAAAUCAAUAAAGGUUGCAAAUUCAACAACAAUAACUUUAAUAGAAAACGGAAAUCUUAACGGAGAUAAGGACAAAGACAAUACCUAUAAAAAUUACUUCACAUUAGAGCCCAAAAAUGAAAAGAAAGAUGAUUGUAAUAAGAAUAGUAUUACAAUAACCAAGACUGCCUUGAAGCAGUCGCCUGGUAGUAGUCAAGGAGAUAAGAAGGGUCAAAUCAAGCCUGCUAAAAGGCCCCUUCAGUACUUGGAGACACUUGCUGAGAAGGCUGGUAUAACUUUUGAGGAUAAAUACGAGGCUGCUAAUACUUUAUUGGCUCUAGACAAGCAGAACUCCACCAAUAGGAGACUUCCUGACUUAAAGCCACCUAAGUCAGAACCUGAUAACCACAAUCAGCAGGAGGAGUACAGAUAUAGGAAUCAAAAAGAGGAAGAUGACAAGUUACAGAUCCAGCAGCAAAUAAUCCAGCAGCAGCAACAACAGCAGCUGCAACAGUUGCAACACCAGCAGCUGCAGCAGUUACAGCAACAGCAGGCUUUGCAGCAAGCAUUGCAGCGGCAACAGCAGCAAGCUAUCCAACAGCAUAUCAAAAAUCAACACGAUCAACAAGAAUUGCUGCAAAAGCAAUUCCAACAACAACAACAACAGCAUCAGCAGCAGCAGCAGCAGCAGCAACAACAACAACAGCAGCAACAGCAGCAGCAGCAACAGCAGCAACAACAACAGCAGCAGCAACAGCAGCAGCAACAGUCGCAACAAAAGCCUGAGUUGUUGCAAGUGACUCAGCAAGGAGACCAGCCGCAACAAAAGUAUUUGCAGCCGGUGCACACCCAGUUCAACUUACCGGGCAUUGGCGAGAUCAACCUCAGCUUUUUGGCGUCACCGCAAAGUAACGUCAAUCUACUCUUUGACAAGAACCAGAAGACAAUGAGCGGAGAUAUCAAACAACAAAUCGUGGACGGCCAGACCCAGGUCGUCCAGCAGCAGAUGAGCAUGUCACAGCACGAGCCGUCGCAGCAGCAUCACCAGACGGUCACCGUCGUGUCCUCCAUGCCCAGCAGCAUGGCAACCCAUCAGGUGCAACAGCAACAGACCGGGGGUGGUAUCCAACAGCAGGCUGGUAGCAUUUCCACCAUGCCGCCCCUGCAGAGCCUGCCGCCUAAUACACAACAUCCGCAGCAAAUCAGCGCUGAAUGGGGCCACAGCCGCGUCCAGGUGAUUCAGCAGCCAUUGCAAAAUAGCACCUAUUUGCAACAGCUCUACAACGCCCAAGGGCCGUUGAUCAUGCCCGGCAAUAUCGCAUUGCAUCCUGGCAUCAAUUCACAGCAAAUACAGGUUAUAGCUGCAGGCAAGCCAUUCCAGGGAAAUCAACUGACUCCUCAUAUGCUGACGACCCAGGGAAAGCAAGUCCUACAAGGCCAGGCCGUAAAUUUUUCAGGUCUAACUACAUAUCAGGAACAAGCUCCGUUCCCGGGCUACACGACUAUCCCGGCGAUCCCAACGACACAGAACCAGACGUUCGUGUUCAGCCCACUGGGCGUGAUUAACUCGCAGCCGAGCAUCCUGCCCGCACACUCCCAGUCCACCGUCUCCGCCAUCGGACAGCAACAGAAACAAAACGACAUGCACAAGUGUGGGGCAAAAGGUGCUUCCAGUAAGGCCGGUGGCAGUGGUGUCACCCAAACGGUACCCGUUCAAGCUCAAUGCGUGCAGGUCUCUCAGCCAGUACUGGGUACUCAGCAGCCGACUCAGGCGCAGAUCAUAAGCCCUUUGCAGACGGGGGGUCAGACGAUGCAGUUUGCGCCGUGGCAGAUAUCGGGCGCUUUGCCCCAGGUGUGGGCAGGUGGGCUCCAGGCAGGGACGCUGCCGGCCGGAGGGUUGCUCGCUCCUAACCCCAUCUUCAUCCGAGGGACCCAACCCGACGCGCCGCCGUCAAUGUUCAUACAACACUCGCCCCAAAACAACGUACAGCAUACCAGUGUGAGUGUAGCAUGCGCUACUUCGACGACUUCGAAGCCCCGCGCCUCUUCAGAUGGGUUGGCGAAGGCUCCACGGCCUCUCUCCAACAUCCUGCCUUCCAGCGGCAUCCGACCUGGCCCUGGCUCGUCCGUGUCCACACAAACCAACCCCAACCAGCCUCAGAAUCAGGCAAAGCAACGCGGUAAGCCAGGCGUGCGCUCACCAGCUCCGACCGCCAAACAAGAUGCCGCGAACCAAACCAACAAACUGCAGCAUCAGAUCCAACAGCCGAAGCAGCAAUUACUCCUGAUGAAUACGGGACAGAUGACCCAGAUUACAAGCGUCGAUAAAGCUAAAAAUAUACAACAACAGGCGCUGCUGCAGCAACAAGCUUUACAGCAGCAACAACAGCAACAGCAGCAGCAGUUAUUGCACCAGCAACAACAAACUCAGCAGAUGGUGCAUUAUCAACAGCAAGGGAUGUCGCUGGGCAUGCAGCAAGGUACUGUGCCCGUAGGAUCAGUCGCGCAGACUCUCCCUAUGGCAGGUAUGCCGCAGACCAUAUCUAUGGUCCAGCAAAUUCACCCUUUAAGUGGCAUGGGCCAACCUGGGACUCUGGUCAGUCAGCUGAGCACGUCCCAGCCGCAAAGCGUACAGGCUUUGCAGCAGCCACAGACCCUGGUAGGGAGUGGGUUGGUCCAGACAUCCGUUGGCAUGACCGUUCAACAACAAGCGGCUUUAAAUCACUCGGCGUCUAUGCAGACGCCGGGGCUCGCGAUCGAUGGCGCCUCACUGCUGACCGCGCCCCUCGUCCAAGUCUCCCCGGCGUUAUUGCACCAUGAGCUAACACUCCAGGCGGCCCAAGGCACGGUGGGUCUGAUCGCAGCCCCAGUGCAGGGAUCCGUGCUCCCACUACAGACUCCGGCGACACUAGUCACCCACGUCAAGACCGAAGAUGAGAAACCACAGAUAUCAUCCACUCCGCGUCGUCGCGUACAGGCGCCCGUGUUGCAGAUCCAGCCGACCCAACAGGUUGUUGCUGAGACCUCCGAUGCUACGUCCACCACGUUCAGCUCUUCGGUUACAACUACUGCUGAUGCUUCGGUUUCUACCAGCACCGCUACUAUUGGUGCGGUAACCCCAAUGGAGACUACGCCUACCAACAAGUCUACGCCAACGAAGGCAGAGAGCCACAGCACCACUGCUGAGCCCUCGUCUGCGUCUACGUCGGUCGCGUCCAGCUCUGCACCCGUACCCAGCAGCGCUCAGCAAACUACUCCUGUAGCACCACAGGUGGUAACCACAGUGGCGUCUUCAACGUCCUCGUCUUCAACGAUGACCGCCGCCAUCACGGCUCCGGUCACCUCGGGCGCGACCACCUCGGCCUUGUUCAAGAGUACGCAGUGUACUCCUCGCCACAUGAGCCAACAGGCGUCUCACGACAAGGGCCUGCCAAAAGCUAUGGUGAAACCGAACAUAUUGACCCAUGUCAUUGAAGGAUAUGUCAUUCAGGAAGCUGGGGAACCAUUCGCUAGCAAUCUGGUGCAGGUUAACCGGCCACUGCGCGACUGGGUCGAUAAGGAACAGGACAAGGAAAACAAGCUGCCGACCGACGAGGGACCGCCUCGUAAGUUACGCAAGAAGCACCUCUCAGAACACCAUGCUUCUGGCGUCGCUCGUAUCAGCUCGAGCAACGAGACUGCUUCCCAUAGCUCCGCUCCGGCUCACUCCAACACGAAGACCAGACACGAGGAGGCUGCAGCCAGCAGCACGGCUGAGGCCGCCAGUGCUAGUUCUGAUACCACUCAGGCACCCAAGAUACCCAAUGCUAACAAAUGGACGGUAUCAGAGGUGUGCGACUUUAUCCGCAAUAUCCCGGGCUGCGCUGGCUACGCAGACGAGUUCCUCAUGCAAGAGGUGGAUGGCGAGGCUCUACUCCUGAUUAGACCAGAGCACCUUGUGAUGGCUCUGUCCAUGAAGCUGGGCCCUGCCCUCAAGAUCGUAGCUUGCAUCGACUCACUCCGCCCUGAGAGCGAGCAAUCCUCUCAUGAUCACGACUGAGAUUUGCUGUCCGUGUUCUUCGCGAACAACUUGUAAGGCAACAAGUGUAGCUGGAGAACACAAUGCAAAGGAUUGCAUUCAAACUUCGAUCGCGUAUGAUUGAAAAUCACCCUGUAGAAACAAUUGUAGAGCUUGUUAUUAUGGUUGUUAGUUCUAUAUUAGCUUGAUAGUGACGUCGUUACAUUAAACCAACACCUUAGGAAAAUUUUCGUGUUACAUCCUGUUGUUAAUUCAUACAGCCUUAAGCUGAAAUAAUAAUAAUUAUGUUAGGUGUGUUUUUAAACUAAUUGAGAUUUAAAAAUUAAUUAACAAAGUAUUCCUAUUAAAACACGAAUCAUAGAGGUAGGUAUAACUUCACACUGCAACAAACCUUUUUGCAUUUUUCCCAUUUAGAAUUAACUCGUCGUUUUUAUGAAUAACUUGAUGCGUACUUUGGAACUUUUUGAAUGGAAACUUUGAAUAUUCGUGCGUUAAAUGUAAGCAUUUCUAGAGUCACAAACUUUUCAAUUGGGUGUAUCAAUAUAUUGCAUGUGGAAUAUUUCAUUCCAUGUUUUAUCGUAGACAGUGUUCUAUUAAAACUUGAUGUCUUUUUGCAGCGUUUUAGUAGGUUAUUUAUAUGUGUCGAUAACAUAACAUUUCACCUUUUCCAUUCAACCUCCAUUUAGAAUAGAUUCGUCACGACUUUCCGUCGUUCCUAAGCUGAAAUAAUAAUACUAACUUAGUGUGUUUCAAGUUUUUAUCAUUCUGUUACUAUGUAUGUUACCUACGUGUAAGUCUCAUGAGGAUGUAGCGAUAAUAAAUGUCUUAGUAAAAUAACGUUUCGCCGUUUAUGGCUCACUCUUCGGUAAAACUUAGCCUCGGCAUGAAAAACUUUGUCAAACUUUAUCAACUUUAUUUCAUUUCAUGCUGAGACUAACUGUCGAAAAUUUGUGUUCAUUGUUUCAAGUUUCUAUUUGUAGACUUUAACGCUCCCCCCUCCCCCCGUCCGUAGUCGAGUAGACGUCAUUUAGCCAUAGAGCUGUCAAUUAUAUUACGCUAUUAGAUAUGAGAAUUCAAGAUUGAUUUUUAAUAUCUAUACUAUACGUAAUAAAUAUGUAAUAAGCCAGCAGUUGUUCAACAUCAAAAUUGUCGUCCUGUCACACACCGUAACACGCGGUAGUCUCUAUAUCUGUCAACUAUAGCCGUCGCCCGUUGUAACAUUACGUAUAAUUGGCCAGGAACAUUGACGCGUUUCCACGCAAAUUCGGAUAAUGUUAUGGUGCACUUAGGACAAAUGUCGAAAGUUCCGCCUAUUUAGUGUUAAGUUACUUAUUUAAACUCGUACUUAGUUUAAAAUUGGUUUCGUCUCUCUUUCUAUCUCUCUUUCAUUCCCCCGUUUCUGUAACUUUGAAAGUUGUUUUAUUUUGUUUAUUAUGGCUUAUUCAUAACGCGGUCUGCGUUUUCAUUCGCUUUUAUUUCACAAGUUAAAAAUAAUUAUGCAGAUGUUAUCCAAUGGACUAAACUAAUGAUUUAAAGUAAAUAUUCUCGUAAAUAGUCCAACGGGUGGUCGUCGAACUCUCCACUUUUGUGACCAUGUGUUCGAUGCCUUCGCCGUUAACUAUCAAAAGCUUUCUAAAGUUACUUUUAUUUUAUACACAUUUAUUAUUUGAACAAUUUGGCAUUGAAUUGUAAAUGGGUAAAAAUAAAUCGGCUGAUGUGUGAACAGAAAUGUUGUUUUACAGCAUUCGGCCUUUCGAACAACAUGUUAGGGGAGUAGAUCUAAGUAUACACUUUAUAUCGUAGCUAAUUAGUGGUCUUCGGCAGGCGAUCGAUAUUUUAUCUCGAUCGAAGCUUAUUUGCAUGACUUGACAGUAGGGUUUAAUUGACACCAAAAAGUAUAAUAAGGCUGCAGCAGGUUGUUAUCAUCGAUGAAUGUAAUCGAAUGAUGAUUCUACUACACGGUAUACGACUACACCUCGAUCGCCUGCCUUAGCAUCGUGGAGAAAUGUUAAUAUCUAAUAUAAUAACUGUUGCAACGCUGAUACAACGUACAUGUGUAGGCUAGUUCACGGUUUAUAGUGAAUAAUGUUAACGUAAUAUUAAGUCGAUAUGUCUAAAUAUUUCAGAAUUAUUAACAUUAAAACUUAGUAGUUGGAAUAACUAAAAAAGAUAUUUCGCUUUUCGAUUAAAUUCGUGCAAUCCGAUACGAUACUGGUGUGCUUUGCAACGAUUCUCUUUAGUCUGUGUAUGUGUAUGUAUUUGUUCGCGAAUUUAAUAUUUGUGGGAACACUUCUAUCGAGCAAACAGCUUUUUACACCCGUGGUGCUACUUAGUUGUAUUUAAUUAUGUCGCUUUAUUAUUACACGGUUUGUUUAGGAUUCAUUAUUGUUAGUAGAUAGGCCCUUUAUAUUAUAAUAUAUAAUAUAUAUGCGUCGAGACAGCGACAUUAGCAAUUUUAAUUAACAUUGUAUUAUAUUAUUGAAAGUAUAAGUCCCUACUUACAUAGGUGACUUGGAAAUUUUGGAAUUAAUCGCUUAUCGCGUAACGUUUCAUUUGGUAACGCAAAAUGUGUGUAAAUAUUAUUUAGUUGUUGAAUUCUUAUGUCGCUACUGUUAUAUUUUGUAAUUGGUGUCGUUUUCAUGUGUACAUAUUGGAAUUCUAUCUAGGUAGGCACUAACCAAAUCCAGGUCAGUAAAGUAUACAUCAUAAUAUAUGAUAAUAUAAUUAGUUUAGUGAUUUCAAACUGGGAUUUACUAUUAGUAUACUAUAUGUGUAUGUGUAGCGACCUAGGCACACGUCUAGUAGAUAUUUUCACUAUUAUUUUAAGUCAUAUUUUAACGAGAUACAUAAUUUUUUCUUAUUUUAAAUGUUUGUCGCCAUGUGUUGGCUUAUAUUAUACUUUUAUUCAUUUUAAUGUCGAUUGAUAUUUUAGUGGUUACGUUGUAUUAUAAUAGCAUAUUAAUUAAUGUUAUGUCUUUGAAAUAAUUAUUUACACCAAUACACCGUGACUCGAUGUUUGUUUACAUUAUUAGACUUGUGUAGUGAUGUAGGCCCGUGUUGUACAUCUGUCGUAAUAUUUUUUGUUCAUAUAUGUCCUUGUUACUAUGUAAGUGUAUAUGUAUAACGAACAGUCGGCUUGAGCACUGCCAUGAUGUAAUAUGUACAUUUGUGUAGUCAUUAUUACGAAUACUCUUACGGUUCUUAGAAUAUGCUGUAUUAGAUUUUAGUAGAUGUAUAAACGUUUUAAUAUAAUAAAAACAUUUAAUUGAUUAUGUGACUACAUGAUUCUACACGAUAUUCGUAAGUGAUUAGAAGGAAAUUUUAAUGUACAGAACACUGCUCAAUACCGUGCAGUAGCUAAUUUGGUGGGACAUUAAGGAAAAUAAAGCAAAUGAGACUGAUA